UUUCAUAGUCUCACAUUUUUUUCUAAGAGAAAGAAAUAUAACUCUCAAAAUUCACAUGGAUUCUUCUUCUUUCAAUCAUGGAUAUGUUUACCAUGUUUUCUUAAGCUUUAGAGGAGAAGAUACACGUGAGACUUUUACUGGCCACCUUUACAAUGCUCUUGAUCAAAGAGGAAUCAACACUUUCAUAGAUGAUGAAGGCUUAAGAAAAGGUGAAGAAAUUUCACAAUCUCUUCUUAAAGCAAUAGAAGAGUCAAGAAUUUCCAUUAUCAUAUUUUCUAAGAACUAUGCUAAUUCGACUUGGUGUCUUGAUGAACUUGUGAAGAUUCUUGAGUGUAAAAAAGAUAAAGGACAAAUUGUUUGUUCGGUUUUUUACGACGUUAAUCCGUCAGACGUGAGACACCAGAGAGAUACUUAUGAAGAAGCUUUUUGUAUGCUUGAAGAAAAAUUUAGAGAUAAUAUGGAGAAAGUGAAGAAAUGGAGAUUGGCUUUGACUCAAGCUGCAAAUCUUUCUGGAUGGCAUUUCAAUAAUGGGUAUGAAUUUAAAUUUAUCCAAAGUAUAGUAGAUGAAGUAUCAAGAAAAUUGAAUAGAAUCCCUCUAAAUGUUGCAACACACCCUAUUGGACUACAAGCUCGUGUAUCAGAUGUUACAUCACUCUUACAACUUGAAUCCAAUGAUGUUAAAAUGAUAGGAAUUCACGGUAUCGGAGGAAUCGGCAAAACAACGAUUGCAAAAGCUGUUUACAACACAAUCUACAAUCGAUUUCGAUAUGCGAGUUUCCUCGCAAAUGUCAGAGAAAAUUCAAGGCAUAAGUCUGGCUUAGUGAAACUCCAAGAAAAACUUCUUUUUGAGUUACUUGGAGAGCAAGGAAUUAAAUUAGGUAAUGUUGAUAAAGGAAUCAAUGUAAUAAAAGAUAGGUUAUGUAGAAAAAAGGUUUUACUUGUUAUUGAUAAUGUUGAUGAUGUUGAACAAUUACAAGCUUUAGUUGGAGGAUUUGAUUGGUUUGGUUUAGGAAGUAAGAUCAUCAUAACCACUAGAGAUAAACAUUUGUUAACUUCUCAUGAAAUUGGUUUAACUUAUGAGGUUAAGAAGUUGAAUCAUGUUGAGUCUCUUCAAUUGUUUAGUUGGAAUGCAUUUAAAAGAAGCGAACCGGACGAUACUUUUUUCGAUGUUUCGAAUCGCGCUGUUUUGUAUGCAGAAGGACUUCCAUUGGCUUUAACUGUUUUAGGUUCUGAUUUGUGUGGUAGAACCAUUCAUCAGUGGAAAUCUGCAUUGGAUAAGUACAAAAGAAGUCCUAAUAGGAAAAUUCAGGAUAUACUUAGAAUAAGUUUCGAGGGUUUGGAAGAAAAUGAAAAGGAGAUUUUUCUGUAUAUAGCUUGUUUCUUUAAAGGUGAGAUUAUGGAAUACGCUGCGAAGGCGUUGCGCGCGUGCGAUCUGCAUCCGAUUAUCGGCGUUGCUGUGCUUGUUGAUAAGUCUUUGAUAAACUUGGAUGAAAGAGGUGUUUUGUCAAUGCAUGAUCUUAUACAAGAUAUGGGGAAGGAAAUUGUUAGACAAGAAUCGCCGUUGGAUCCUGGAAAACGUAGUAGGUUGUGGUAUUAUGAAGAUGUUCUUCAAGUACUCGCCGAUGGAACGGGAACUGAUAAGAUUCAAGGUAUAAUGUUGAGCCUACCUGAAAAGCAAGAAGUGAAGCUAAAAGCUGAAGAUCUCAAGAAGAUGAGAAACCUUAGAAUGUUGAUAAUUAAGAAUGCUGAAUUUUUUGGAGAGAAUGUACAUCUACCAAACAACUUAAGGAUGCUUGAUUGGGAGGAAUAUCCUUCUCCAUGUUUAUCAUCUGAUCUCCUUCCUGAGAAAAUUGUAAUGCUAGAAUUGCGGCGCAGUCAUCUAACGUUGGACAAACCAUUCAAGAACUAUGCAAACAUGACUUCCCUGAAUCUUGGUUCAUGUGAACUCCUUACAAAAAUACCUGAUAUUUCUGGAAUACCAAACUUAGAGCAAAUCAUUCUAGAAGAUUGUACAAACUUAGUUGAUAUUCAUGAAUCACUUGGAUCAUUAGAUAAACUAGUUUACUUAGGUGUUGAAAGGUGCACUGAACUAAAGAAGUUACCAACUGUCCUAAACAUGCCAUCAUUAUCAUGCAUUGCUCUUAAUGGUUGUUCUCAACUUGAAAACUUCCCAGAUUUGUUUGGAAAUAUGGAAAAUCUUCGAAUCGUCGAGGUGGAAGAGACAGCAAUACAAGAAUUGCCUUCUAGUAUUGUUAAUUUCAACAACCUUCAGAUUUUAGUACUAAAGUCUUGCUCAAAUCUUAAGAAUCUUCCAAGGAACAUUUCUUUGUUGCCAAAUCUUCAGUUACUUGAUGUUUCUGGUUGUCCAAAACUUCAACUAUUUCAAGAGAAGCUUAGUUGUUUUAGCACACAAAAUUUAGAGUCCAAUGAAUGUUCAUUACCAUCAAAACCAUGUGUAGAUUUUGACUCUUUAGGCAUACAAUCUUCACAUGGUUUUCAUUUAUUGGAAAAUCUUGAUCUUAGUGAUUGCAAUCUAUCAGAUGAUGAUCUACAUAUCCUUAGUUGCUUUUCCAAACUCAAUUCCUUAGACAUAUCAAGAAACAAUUUUGUAACCCUACCUAAAUGUUUCAACAGACUUAGUAGCUUGCAGGAGCUUUACAUUUUCAAUUGCAAGAAUUUUCAACAAAUUUCUGGGAUUCCACCUAAUUUAGAACAUAUAGAUGCUACUAGUUGCACAGUGUUGAAUUCAGAAUCAUUGAACCUGUUGUUAUGCCAGGGAUUACAUAAGGCAUUUAAAUUUGAAGUUAUAGUACCAAGGCCAAGGAUACCAAUGCCAUUCAAGUUCAACUACCAUAACAAAGGAGGAUCCAUUUCAUUCUGGAUUGGCCAAAAGUUCCCAAGAAUUGCUCUUUGCUUCAUUUUUGAACUAGGAAAUAAAAGAAUUGGUUUCUUUGCAUGUGAUGUUCAGAUAUCUAUUAAUGGACAAAAAGCAUCCAAUAAAGAACAGUACUUCCUUUCAGUUUCUGGUGAUCUUGUAUGGCUGUAUCAUCAAGAAAAUUUGAUGGACUUAAAUACAUAUUUACUGCAUGAACAGAAUAAUGUGGAAGUUUCUUGCGAAAUUAUAGAUGCGAGUAAAGGCGCAGAUGUGACGAUAUACUAUUGUGGAGUUCAUGAGUAUAAGGAAGAUGAGGAAGUGAAGAAAACAAAUUUGAUAUUGUGCACAAGUUCUAGUCCUUGUAAUAAUGGUUACUUGGAUAACACUCAAUCAUCUAAGGAAAGACAUGAAAAUCAAUGUCAUUAUGAAGAUAGCUUGGGAAUUGAUUGCUGCUCCUUGAAUGAGAGUUUAAGGCUUCAUGAAAUAUCAGAUAAACAGAUGCAACAGAUUUCGGCUUCGAUUAGGCCAGUAAUUAUUGAAGUUAAUGAAAAGACUACAGAUAUUUUGGAAGCUGAUACAAUACAUGAAAGCAAGGACAUAUCUUCAUUGGAUAUGCAGCUAUAUGGUGAUAGAAUUUGGGAUCCAAUGCUAUUAGAGUAUCAGUUGAACUGCCACACCUUUGAGAACAAAGAGAACAUAAGAAUGAUAGUAGAUGAUGUCCAAGUGGAGCCACAAGGAAGACAUGAGGCAUCAAUUAUUGCUGCAAAUGUUGUAAGCAACAAGGGAGAACUACAAGUGCAAGAGCAUGGAGAUAAGAGCAAUGAAAAUUCUUUGAUUCAUAUGGAACACAAAAAAAGUCAAAGUGAAGAGAAUAUGGAAGCAUUUUAUGCUUCCCUUUAUGCUGAGACAUAUGCUUCAUUAGGAGAUACAAGUGAUCAUUCAAAAUUGGCUUAUCCUAAAAUGACUGAAGAAACCAGGAAAGCCUUGAAAAUUCUUAAAGAACUUUUGUCAAAACAAAUUUUUCAUCUUCUUGAACCAACAUCAUCCACAUCCAUAAAAACUACUUUGGAUUAUCUGUGUACUUCAUUUGAAGAUAAUGUGUCAAUGAGGUUAAAGUCUUUAAUACUAAAACUUUCAGCUGAGUUUAGUCAAUGGAGUUGUGACUACAAUGAUGCAAACAUGAAACUUGAGUCCUCAAUUUUAGUGCUAUCAAAGCUGCAAGAACUUGAAGAGGGUCUUGAAGCUAACAAGGACCAGUUCAGUGAAUUUUUGUCAAUAGAAAGUGAGUUGGAAAGCCAAUUAGUAUAUUUGAAAGAAAGAAUGAAAGAGCUGGAAGAGAAAAUUAAUGCCAUUAAAAUGAACAUUUCCAUUUCUGAUGGGGCUAGGGACACUGCACUUAGAAAGAAAAGAGAAACCUUUGAGGCAGGAAGAGUGUUGAAAGCUCAAAGAGAUGAGUUGAGGAAGCGAAGGUUGCGGUUGAGAGCGGAACAAGAAUCAGCCAAAGCUACCAAAGGAUACAUUGAAGAUGAGUGGUCAAAGAUUAGAGAGAAAUUUGAUAGAAUCUUGAAAACCUUUGGGUUAGAUUAUUGAAUUUGAUUCUAAUAUCAUGUAGGAAGUUUUAGUUUGUUUUUAAGUACUUCCUUAUUUCACAAGUAAUGGAUUUAUUGUACUGAUUUUGCAAUGGUUAAACUUCGGAAAAAUUAGAUCUUGACCCGUGCGCUGCGCAUAGUAGUUUUAACUGUAAA